AUGAAGCGUCUUUUUCAGACAGACUGGCGCAAGGACCGCGACAAACCCGACAAGCGGCCUAGGAAUGACGCGCAGGAGGAGGCGCCCAAUGUUCCGACCGAUGUGUUUCCUCCAGCCCCGUCGACAAGCCUACAUGGAUCGAACACCAUGGCUUCACGUGGGGCAUACGAACUGACUACAAGCUCGUCUAGUCCAAUAGGCAUGAGCGUGUUGCACGAUCCCUCCGAGGGAAACGCCGCUGUGGAAUGUCUCGAUAGCAUCGUCUUCAUCCAUGGCUUGAAAGGUCAUCGUGAAAAGACUUGGACAUCAGACAAGGCAUCUGAGCCUUGGCCUAAAGCUUUGCUUCCGUCCGAAAUACCGGAUGCCCGAGUUUUGGCGUACGGCUACGACGCAGAUGUGGCCAAGGCUACCGAGAUGGUCUCAGUCAGUCGCAUUCGAGACCAUGCGGCGACUUUUUUGAAGAGACUUACGAACUUUCGAGAUCGAACCGACAGCUCUGCGCGUCCCAUCAUAUUUGUCUGUCACAGCCUGGGUGGACUGGUCUGUCAAGCUGCUCUCGCCCGCGCCCACACAAGAGAACACCUUAAAGAAGUCCUCGAAGCGACCCGAGGCAUACUCUUCCUCGGUACACCGCAUCACGGCUCAGCUCUUGCUGUGUGGGCAGAACGACUUGGCAAAUCCGUUGGAGUGCUAAAGCAGACAAACACCGAAAUCCUCGGCGUUCUCAGACCUGAGUCGGAGGUCCUCGCUGAGAUUCAGGACAAUUUUCACAACAUUACACAACCCCAGACAAAAGCGGGAGUCGGCACUAUUCAGAUUACGUGCUUCUAUGAGGAGCUGCCUCUUCCUGGAAUUGGGCUGGUCGUUCCUCAACACUCAGCCAUCUUCCCAGGUAAGGAUGCCAUUGGAAUACAUGGAACGCAUCAUACCAUGGUGAAGUUUAGCAGUCUUGAAGACUCUGGGUUUAUCGAUAUAUGCGAUGAACUUCGAACUUGGAUCAAGAAGUUUGAUCGGAAAGUUCCUGUACCACAACGUCAAAGCACGCCGCCUCCAGCAGUUGAGGAGCAAAAUGAGAAGAGGUCUACAACUCCGCAAGAGAAGACGGCAUCCAAAUUUCUUGUACCAUAUGCGAAAAACAAGAGUUUUGUCGAACGAUCCAAUGUCUUUGAACGUCUCAAGAGCGAAUUUUGCCAUGGUCCCGAGGACGACAUUGAAGAUGCUAGAUCUCGAGUUUGUCUUUAUGGCCUCGGAGGGAUUGGAAAGACUCAAAUCGCCAUUGCGUAUACCUACUGGCUACGCAAGGCCCAUCCUGAAAUUUCUGUUUUCUGGGUACACGCCAGUGAUUCAGAUCGGUUCCGUCAAGCCUAUUCUGAGAUUGCGGAAGAAUGCAACAUUGCCGGUCGUAGUGAUCGUAACGUCGACGUGCUAACGCUCGUAAAAUCUUGGUUUGAGCGGCAAAAGACUGGCCCCUGGUUUCUGGUUCUCGACAAUGCCGACAAUACCGAGCUGUUCUUCAAUGAUCAUACUCAACCCAACAACACCAGUUCAUCUGACGUCGAACCGAACAAGGGUAACAGCAACAUGGCCCGCUUCAUUCCCCAAUACGGCAAUGGCUCGAUCCUCGUUACAACACGGAACAAAGAAGCCGGAUCGAGACUUGUUCCAGGCCAACCAUUAGUGGAGAUUGGACCUAUGAGCGAUGGAGAGUCGCUUCAAAUGAUUCGCGAGAUAGCUGGAGGCUCUUCGCUGUCAAUGGAUGCCGCUACCGUCCUUUCAAACCGCCUUGAAAACCUACCACUCGCUAUUGCCCAAGCUGCAGCUUUUAUGCAUGAAAAUUGCAUGAGCCUACAUCAAUAUCUUGUUAUUCUGAGUAAGGGCGAUGGUGUCGAAGUUCAGCUACUGGGUGGGAAUUUUGAAGCCGUUGGUCGAGACGCAGACGUUCCUCACGCUGGAAUGGCGACAUGGGUGGUGUCUUUCGAGCACAUCAAGAAAAGGAACCCACUUGCGGCCGAUAUCUUGUCGAUGAUGGCUUUCUUUGAUCGUCAAGCGAUUCAAAGGCAGUUCAUGACUAUCUACAUGUACUUGAAAGUACGUCGCAAAAAGGAACAAUUCGACAAUGAAAGCGACGACAAUGGAUCGUCACCAGGACAAGACGAAGCCAGACAUUACAAAGCGUCUUUCGAUUUCAACGCGAAAUUCCUAACCUCAAAAGACUUUGAGGACGACUCCAGGGAAGACAUUUGCGACUCGAUUGAGGACCACAUCAAUGAAUACUUCGGAGAUCCAGACCAAAGUCUAGAAACUUUGGAGCGAGAUGGGGCUUAUUCGAUUCUUCUCGAGCAAGCUCUAGGUAUUCUCAAGGCUUUUUCGUUCAUCAAGGAGAACAAAGAUGGAACCUUAUGCAUCCAUCGUCUCGUUCAGUUGGCAACCGCAGAUUGGCUCAAGCGGAAGGGCACCGCAAGGCGGUUCUUCGAAAGGGCGCUAGCAACGCUGAACAAGUUCUUCAUGGCUUCUGUAAAGACUUUCUCUUUCUCUUACAAGACCAUUUCUCAUUAUCAAGCUUUAUUAGCGGCAAACGCAAGAAAUCCCUCCUUGGGCAACGCCUCGGUCUCCAUGAUUAGGCACAGCAUGGCCAUGUUCUACUGCUUUGUUGACCAGCUUACGCUCGCACUCGACUAUGUUGAGAAAGCCUUGGAAACAAAAGGAUAUGAUCAGCAGAAAGUGUACUAUUUUGAAGCAAGACGGCUCAAGGCAACGAUUCUUCAAUGUCUCAACCGCAACCAAGAAGCGAAGCAAAUCCUCAUUGAGCUAGUUACCAUCCUACCUCAGAAUAGUGAAACCAAGCUUUUGACGAUAAAAAACCUUGUUAGCCUGUUUCUUAAGUUAGGAGACUACGGAGAAGCAAGAGACUUGCUGGUUGGUGGCGAUGCUCCGCCCCUCAUGCAAAAAGCAUGCCUGAUAGUUUACUUAGGCACGGCAUUUCGCAAGCUGGGCGACAUAGAAGCUGAAGAAGAGGCAGACUUUUGGGCAUUUAAGAUUGUGGAAGAGGCGUUAGCAUCCGGUAAAGCCGCCAAACUUAUGUCUGUCUUCGAAAUGGCUUGCACGUUUUUCUCACAGAGGAAAUGGAAAGAGGCAGAGAGAAUCUGUCGUCAGCUACUACUAUCCAAUAUGUUGGAUAAACCCGAGGCAUCUAGUAUCCAGGUUAAUGUAUUGAGCACGCUGGCGGCUGCCUUAUAUCGACAAGGUUACCACCUAGAAGCUAUAGAUACCCAGCGCCAAGUUGUGCGCCUGUGCAACAAUUCUGAAGAAUCUCAACCCAGGUCGAACGAGGAAGCCAACGCACUUCGGAAUUUGGCCAUUCUACAGCUUGAAUCAGAGUUGUUCGAAGACGCAGAAGAGAGUAUCGCCCACGCGCUUCAGUUGUUUCAAGGCAUACAUGGCGACACUGGAAAAUUUGUACUUAGCUGCGUAUAUCAUCUGGGCUUCAUCAAGUACAAACUUGGUAAGUGGGAGGAAUCAAAGAAUAUCCUAGAGAACGGUUACCAGCGAAGCGUCGAUGAGAUGGGCUCGCUCGACCCGCUUUCACAUCGUUUCAAAAGAGUUAUGGAGUGUCUCGCGAAACACACAUUGGAUUCAGAAAUGGUGGAAUGA